AUCGCAAAAACCUGUGGCAAAUCCAAAGGCACGUGUUUACAUUUUUGGAAGUUCGACGCAGUUGCCUCAUUUUCGCAUUUUUAGCCGUGAAUUUAACUACCAAACAGCAAAAUGGGCAGAAAUAACCGAUCACGAAAGCGCCGCGAUGAAAUGAACAAGAUCAAGAAGGUGCGCUACGAGGCCAAGGAACUUAUCCGAUUGAAGAAGACCCUGGGACUGAUAGAUGCCGAAGGAAAUGAGAUAAUGAAAGACAUCAGCGAGGUGGCGCAGGUUAAGACCUCCAAGGAGAUCAAGAGGGAAGCGAAAUCCAAAGAGGAACAGGAACUGAUCUACGAGCACCAGGAAAGCCUCGAAAAGGGUGAACCGGUGGCCGUUGUCAACGAGAACACUGGCGUGGAGCAUGUCUUCAACAGCAAAACCCUUAAGGAUCAGUACGGAAACUACCCGGCGUGGUUCAAGAAGAAGAAGACUGCCAAGCGUCUACGCAAGAAGCAGCACGCCCAGAAGAAGAACUUCAAACAGGCCUGGACCACUGUGAACGUUCCUCUGUAAUCGGGGAGAUGUAUCUACUUUAGUUUGUAAGUGCCGGUUAGUUUAGUUGGAUAUUGUAGCCAGUUUCUACAAUUAUGUUGUAGCUAAGAUUUUACAUUGCAUAUUAAACUCCUGAAAUUGAAA